AUAAUAGGGUAAGGUGCAAAAACAUCUGAUAUGUUAACUGUUUCAAUGCCAUUUCUACGAUUCACAGAAAUGGAGACAAAAGACUUUCUCCUCUCUUUCUCUCUCCUUUUCCUUCUCUGCGCAAAUCUGAAUCGUAUUCAAAAUACUGUUUGAAGUAAGAGGUAUUCUGAUUGAUUAAAUCUCGGUCUCAUAAUUAUUAGUCAAAUUUUUCUGUUAUCCACUGUUUCAGCUGAUUUUCAAUCCAAAAAAUGUUGAAGCUCAGCUCAACGGAGGCCUGAAUUGGAUUCAUUUUCUUGUUUUGAAUCCAUCUGACAAAGUUAAACUGACGAAUCGAGAAUCAUCUGUGUUUUUAUUAUAUUCUACCGCGAUUCGAUUUGAUCUGUUUAGAAACGAAAGCUGAAAGUAAAUUGGUGAAAUUAGUGUGAUGUAUGGUGUUGGGGAUUCAGGGGCGAUUUCGAAGGACUCGAGUAUGUUGUUUUCGUCCAAUUUCAAGCAAUCAGAUGGAGAAUCAAUGAUGAAGAGUAGAGAUUCCAUGAAUUCCGAUCUGUACCAACAACCUCAACAGCAAAAUCGGAGCUCUGGUUUAAUGCGGUACAGCUCAGCGCCGAGCUCGUUCUUUCAUCAUCAUCAUCAUCAUCAAUCAUUAUCGUCGAGCCCUCCUGAAUCGGAAGUCAUGUUUGCGAGUUUCAUGUCUUCUUCUAAUGGCUCUGGUGGCGAUUCUGACUCUCACGAUCUGCAAAUUCAGACAACGGCUAUGAAGCACGAGCCACCAGAGCAGAACAAGCAGUAUUCAAGUUCUACUUCGACGCAGAUGAUUUACCAAACCGCACUAGAUCACCAUGAUUUGGCUAAUAAUCAUAGUAACUCCAUGAGUAAUAAUUAUAGUAAUAAUCUGGAGAAUCCGAUGAUGCAAGGAAAGACGACGACAAGUGGUAAUUGCUCGAAUCUGAUCAGACAGAGCAGCUCUCCGGCUGGAUUUUUCUCCAACUUGACCGCUGCUGCAGGAAAUGGAUUUGGUAUUGUGAGAGAUGUGGGAAAUGGAACCGAUGGGAAAGAAAGUGCAACAACUAGGUUGAAUGAUCAUAUAAACUUCUCAUCUGGGCCUGCUUCUUGCUCAAGGUUCAUGCCUCAAAUCACUGAAAAUGGAAACAAAAGCAUAGAGGCAACUAGCCAAAUGAAUGGGCACUUGGGUAGUAGUAAUGGCAGCAAUAGAUUUUUUGUAUCCAGCUUUGAAAAUGAGUGUUGGAAUGAUUCUGGGUUUACUGGCCUAAAAAGAAGCAGAGAUGGUGAUGAGGUCAAGUUUUCUGGCUUCAAUGCAUUGGAAAGUCAUCAGAAUGGAGAAUAUAGAAAUUACACUGCUACUGGUUUGACUCACCACUUGAGCUUGCCAAAGACUUCUGCUGAAACGGCUGCCAUAGACAAGUUUUUUCAAUUUCAACAAGACUCUGUCCCCUGUAAGAUCCGGGCCAAAAGAGGCUGUGCGACACACCCACGAAGCAUUGCAGAGAGGGUGAGAAGAACAAAAAUUAGUGAAAGAAUGAGGAAACUACAAGAGCUUUUCCCAAACAUGGACAAGCAAACAAACACAGCAGAUAUGUUAGAUUUGGCAGUUGAGUACAUUAAAGACCUUCAGGAACAGCUUAAGAUACUCACGGACAAACAGGCGAAGUGCACGUGUUCGAGUAAGCAGAAACAAUUUUCAAAUCCUGCCUCAUGACUUGCUCGUGUACAGAUAAUAAUAUGAAUCGAAAAAGGUGGAAAUGAAAAGGAUAUAGCAGAUCUAACUAAUCUUUUUUUGUGAAUGCACUUGUAUGUGUAAUUCAAAUUGUAAUAACUCUGUUUAGUUGAGAGAGUUUCAACCAACUUCAGAUGAUACAUGCUUUGCUGGUUGUACCUUAAGUUGUAAGGUGGGCCAAAUAUUUUGAAUUAUGGAAGGAGAUAAUGAAUAGAUUUAACAAACCUGAUCUGAUAUGGGAUUAGAUGACUUGUGUAAGAAUAAUACUAGGCAUCAUGAAAAAAAAAAUCAUAAAAUGUUUCAUGAAAAUUUUUCAUCCUUUGAUUA